AAAUUUGUCAAGCGAAUAUUACUGGUGCAUUCAAAAUCCAAUUAAUUUGUAAAAUUCUAAGCUGGCUGCCAUAAAUCAUAUAUUGUAUUAAAAAACAACGAAAUACGCCGUGGUUAGCGCCUGUGGGCGUAUAGUUUAUUUAUCAUGGACAAAUUUGUAACCCGAGCUCCAACAUGGCAAACACUAACAUAUACAACGGCACUUGAUAGAUCGCGAAAAAAUAUACAGCUGAAGAAUGUUAUUGUAAAAAAGAAGCCUUUACAAGAAAGCCAACUAAAGCAGACCUCGGUGGAGGUAAUGUCGCCUCAGCGAAACAAGCGUCGAUUAAGUAUUCGGGAUGAACAAUUAUUGAAAAUUUUUGCAAGCCGACCUGACCAACCUUUGGUACCCCCGAACGAGGACAGUGGACUAAGCAGUUCAUCCCAAGGCUCUGUAGAAAAUUUCAACGAUGUUGCACAUGGAGCAACUGAUGAGAAUCAAACAUGGCCUGUGAAAACAAGUAACUUGUGUGAAUUGAGAGACUAUGUGGGCAGCGCCGAUACUACGCGUUCACAGCAAAAUCUCUUCAUUUCCCAAACGCCACCAGCAACUUUAGAUGAGGUUGUAUUUGAUGUCACCCAAAAUAACACUGUAGCUAUUACUUCUGGAACCGCUAUCAACCCCAACACUGAAAGAAAUAUAAAAUAUCAAGCCAACUGUAACAACAACGAAGGAAGUCUUGCCGAGGAGACUGCUGCAACUGCAACUUCUAACCAGCAUCCACAAAUGGCGCGCAUACAACGUGAUCUGAAUAGUCCGUCUGCCAACGCACGUGUGCGAGCGAUCAGGGCGUUAAAAAAUCCAACAAAGUCUACUUACACCAAUUUUGAUGUACCAUACGAAGAACAAAACAUUAUUAGUGUGGCAGAGCGUCAACCACCUCCACCGCUUUCUAUCGAGGAACUCAUGCGCGACAUUGUUGUAUAUGUGGAAGUACGCACCGGCGAAGAUAAUCGUUCUGAAGGUGUGAAGAAAGUGAUUUCACAACUAGGUGCACGCGUAAAUGACAAAUUAUUACGAGGUACAACACAUGUGAUAUUUAAAGAUGGUUUAUUGUCCACAUACAAAAAAGCGAAGAACUGGAAUAUACCAGUUGUUUCAAUUUUAUGGGUUGAAGCUUGCAAAAAUAAGCGAACGAUUUGUGAUCCCAACGAGUUUCCCAUAUCCAAUAUAGAUCGCUAUGAAAACCCCGAACUAUACGAAAAGAUGAAGCGUCACAAGUCCAUGCAACCGGACUCAGAGUGCAAUAAACGUGUUCGUCUGAAACAGGGUACACCAAAAGACACCACCCCCAAGACUGUAGCGGAAUCGCUUACCAAAACUUCAUCAGAUUUUAAUACGCCAAAAUCGAGUAGAAAACAGACUGAUAUAAGUCAAUACUUCAGAAAACUAGCUAGUUUUAACAGCACACCUAUAGCUGAUAAUAACGUUUUACCUGCGUCAACAACAUCAAUAACGAAAGCUCAAGAUGUGGCUGAGUCACCCGCUACCCAGCUGUUGAAUCGAAUUGAGAGCAACUCGUUUACGCCCCUUCAACCUAGACAAUUCCAAUUCGAUACAAAAUCAACAACUUUAUCGAUUGCAAUGUCACUCAAGACCUCAAAAAGUGGCAAUCUGUCCGAACACACUAUUAUAUCAAGCGAGUCAAAGAAAUGUGUGCAUUCCCCAUCUCCUUCACCUAGUCAGCGGAUAGCUAGAAAGACGAAUCCCAAUUUGGCCUCACCGAAAAAACGUGUUUUACGCCGGCGUUCCAGUAUACAAAUGCCUAUAGCACGGAGUAAAAGUGAUUACUCACUACAAGUGACUGAAACGGUUACGCCUGGUCGAGUUACACGUCGGCGAAGCUCAAUACAUGCCACCGUUAAUAUGAGCCUCAGUACACUUGUACCAAAUACGCCUGAUCUAGUGUCGAAUGCCAAUCAAACCACAUUUAGUGCAAUUCCCGAGGAGAAUGGAGGAAAUACUUCAAAGGCAAGUGCAAACAAAGCUGCUGCUCGUGCGCGCAAUAUGAAAAGUCCAAAAGAAGACUUCGUUACUAGAAGUCGUGUAACAAGACGACGCACAUUAUACACCAACAAAACACCUGAAAUGUCGCCUAAGAAGAAAGAAAAAACAACGAGACGUCGCACUCUAUAUACACCGAAGUCCGUAGAGGAAUGUUCAUUGGCGCAAAUAAAUGAAACACCAAAAGUUCUUGACGAAAAUUUACUAAAGUUUGCACUAACACCCACAACACUAAUAGACAAGAGCAAAGAAAGCUUACAAGAGAAUGAAAAGAAGAAAGAAAAUGGAGUUGGUGCAUUAAUUGAAGAGCAUUCGGCCGCAAUGGUAUUCAGCUCAACUCGAUUGCCCAGUGCCAAUCGACGGCGUACACUCUUCGACGUUUCAAUGGACAUAAUUCAACAACGUCUACACAAUAUAAAUAACUCCGCAAGGCGAGUAAUGGCCCAAGAGUUGGCUUGCGUCGAAAAGAGUCCAAGCAUAUUUCCAUCUACAAUAAAUACAAAUGGUACAACGUCUACAACGAAAGCCGCCAUCGAGUGCGAUGACGAAAUUGAUAAGAAAGUAGUAGCUGCAACAGAUACAACACCUGCUUCGACGCACACAAUUUCUCCCCGUAAGACUGUUAAGAAACGUAAAUUAUUCGUACCCAACGAUACCUCGCUCAUUUUGACUGCCACGCCUCCGACAUCUGCAAAGAAGAGUACAACUGAAUCAAACUCAAAACGCAGACGUACCAUGACACCAAAUGUAAUCGAAAAGCGAUCAAUACAAAAACCGCGCAGCAGUAUUGCCGUGAAUGGCAGCUCACAUUCAGAUAUGAUAAUUAAACCCUCAUCACCGCUACCGAUUACGAAUGUAACAAAAAGUGCAGUACAGUUAGUGCCCACGCUAACGAAUGAUUUGGCGAAAAAUGAAAAGGAGCCAAUAUUAAAAGAGUCGUGUCCACAAUUGGAAAAAAGUGCAUCCACAAUAAAUUGGAAAGCGAACGAACAACUUCCAAGCGUAACCGAGAAGAGUCGUGUACAAAAGUCGUGUCCACAAUUGGAAAAAAGUGCAUCCACAAUAAAUUGGAAAGUGAACGAGCAACUUCCAAGCGUAACCGAAAAAUGUGCUGUUGUUCCAGGAGUAACACAGAAAUCUCUAUUAAUAAAAGAUGCAGAAGUUGCAACGUCAACAACGCAAACUAAUGCCACCACAAUAAGUACAAUACUGCCGAAAUCAAACGGAUCAUUUAUGAGCUUAAUUUCAAGUAAAACUUCCGAUACUGUAGUAAACAAACAAUUGCAACAUGACAUAGAAGUUGAUGAAAAUAUCGCUGUAAAUACGCCCUCCGAUUCUGUGAUAUUAUCACAGCCAACUGCUGCGCCUUCAACUACACUUGUUGAUAAUGCAAAUCUACUAAUAACGACCCAGUCGCAAUCUCAACCGAAAGUCGUGAAAAAGUCUCAAAUGAGUGCAAUGCCAUGCGAAGCGAAAAGUGCGGCGGCGGUGGUGGUUGGAGCGGCGGCGAGUGUUGCUAGCACACAACUGACCAAAAGCGCUUCUGGCGGCAAUAAAAAAUUGCCAUAUAUUGUGUGCACCAACAUGCACCGGGAACAAGUCAAAGUGAUACGUGAGGCAAUUGCUACGCUUGGUGGACUGCAACUAAAUCACUGUGUCAACGACGAAACGACGCACGUGAUUAGUUACGAACCGCGUCGUACGUUGAACUUACUGCGCGGUCUAAUACGCGGUCUCUGGAUCUUGGAUUACAAAUGGGUAAUAGAUUCGCUAAAGGCCGGCAGUUGGCUAAAUGAGGAAGAAUAUGAGUUGAGGGUGUUUUCACGUGCCGUUGAGAUUUGUCGUACUGAACGUCAGGCUUUUGGCAAUACAUACAAAUGCGAACUCUUUACGGAUUUAGGUGCAUUUUACAUAUCAUCGCGUUGUGGUCCCAUUUCGAAGGACAAUCUGAAGGAGUUAAUUGUAUUGUGCGGCGGCAAAGUGGUUGAUCAUCGCAAACGUGCAAAAUAUAUAAUCGGUGAUGCGCACGGAGCGCUCGAAGGUAAAGUCUACGUAAACCCAUUCUGGGUGUUGGAUAGCAUUACGCACAUGCAAAUGAUGCGUCAGCAAAAGUACGCCUAUGCUUCGAACCCGAUUGUAAAGCCGCCAACACAGUUGCCGCAAACGAAUGCUGAGGCAGUUGUUUCAACUUAGUUUUAUUAUUUCUAGUAACGCAUUAUUGAAUGAAGUAAGAUAUUGGUUAGGUAUACCAUACAGCUUUUUAAUUGGAUUUUGACACAUGAAAGCCUUCUCAUUAUUGAUUUGUAGUACAUAAUAUUUUAGUGAACAAUAUAUAUGUAUGUAUCUAAAUAAAUUAAGAAAUACUUAAA